CCCCAUGACAGAAUCCUGUCAUUUUGUGCGCAAACCUCUGGAAUAAAUUGGCCUAUUUAAUGGUUAACUUGAAACUGGAAUCGUUUAUCUACACCUCCAAGUUAAUCAUUGAUUGUUAUGGCUGCUCUCUCUGCUUUGGUUCUGGCCGCUAUCGCGACUGUGGUUCAAGCCCAGUCUCUGACCGUUCUCAACUCUUGUAGCGAAUCUGUUUUAUUGUCCACGGGGACCAGCUAUGGUACUAUCCACAACAACGUCAAUGUCGCCGCAGGCCACAGCACAAACCUAGGCAUUAGCUCUAACUGGGAUGGCGCUAUCAACGUCGGUACUGGAUGCAACAGCAACGGUUCCAAGUGCACCACUGGUGGUCCUACCUGGAACGGUAAAACUCCAUUCAGUAGAGCCGAGUUUAACUUUUGGGCAGUCCCCGGACGUGUGACAUACGACAUUUCGCUCAUAUAUGGCUAUAACGUUGGGAUGAAGAUUUCCCCUGCUGGUUCUAAUUGCGAUGCAUUCGCCUGCACCAUCUCAUCCGGAUGUCCUGUUCGCGGACCUGGAUCCAAUACAUGCUACUCCCCUUGCUGCUCCUCUGCCAGCGCGUGCAGCAGUGGCGCGCUUCCUGCUAGUGGAGGAGGUUGCGUCAAUAAUGCGGGCCCUGGUCCCAAUAGUGCUUUCUACUACAACACAUGUACUAAUGCCUACGCGUUCCCUGACAAUGACGGCGCGAACGGCUAUGUCCCAGCUAACAAUGUCGAUUACACUUGUGGUAACACCACUAUCACCCUUACUCUGUGCCCUGGCACAACCUCUCACAUCCCCAAGUAGGCGUACAUGAUGGAAUUUCGGUAAGACCAUUUGUGCCACAGUUUGGAGUUCAGUCUCUCGUAGGCUGACGGUAGGCUGACCAAAUGGAAGGAAGAUAAUCGUUCUUUCUUUGUUAUGUU